CCCUUGCGGAUGAUGAACGGCGCGGCUGGGAGAGAGAGCUCCCAAACACGGAACACACACGCCCUCCAGUUGCCCUGCCUUUGGCAGGCUUCCCGAGAGCUGAUGUGGGGGUCGUUUCCUCCGCGCCUUUCAGUGGCCGUCAGACGCACGGCGCCCGGGACAAGCCCGGGGCGAGCCCAGCCAACCGCUCUGUGAUCUGGGAGCCAGCCACCGCUACUCCCCGGAGCUUCGCUUCGCAUUUGUUCGCUGGGAUUUAUUUAUUUUUUCUUGGUUUCCCCGUGCGGACGUUUCCGACCAGCUGACGGUCUGAGGGAGAGGGAUGGUGCACCUGCUGGGAAUCUUCCUGAUGAUUCUCCCAAGUUCUGAAGGUGGGGAAAAGACGCGCAAAGGAUUUAACUGUCUAAACUCUCUGGAUUCCUGUCUUAAUGGUGGGAGCUGCAAGUCCUAUAGUAACGGAACCGGGAACUGUCUCUGCCCGCCGCUGUACCUGGGCGACCGGUGCCAGUACGAGGACCCCUGCCCCGGCGCCCACUGCCAGAACGGGGCCACCUGCCUGCCCGUCGUCCGCAACGACUCGGCCGCCGCCUCCUGCUCCUGCCCCCCCGGGCACACCGGCGGGCUGUGCGAGAGCGGCCCGGGGCACCCCUGCCAGCCCAGCCCCUGCCUCCACGGGGGGAGGUGCGAGCCCGCGUCCGGCGCCGCCGGCUACAGAUGCAGCUGUCUCCACGGCUGGAGAGGACAGCGGUGCCAGCUGGCGGACCUAUGCGCUGCCAACCCUUGCACCAACGGUGGGCGCUGCCUCAACACAAGGGACCACUUCACCUGCCAGUGUGGCCGGGGGUUCCAGGGCCAGGUGUGCGAGCUAGACGUGGACGAGUGCGCCCUGGCCGGCGAUGGUCCCUGUCGGAACGGGGCCACCUGCGUCAACCUGCCCGGCACCUACCGCUGCGCCUGCCCGCCCGCCUACACCGGUGCCAACUGCGAGGUGCCCACCAGUUCCUGCUUCCCCUCCUCCUGCCUCAACGGAGGGAGCUGCAUCCCGAGGGCGGCCGCCGUCUACCGCUGCGCCUGCCUCCCAGGUUUCACGGGCAGGUUCUGCGAGGUGAACAUCGAUGACUGCCUGGGUCACCAGUGUCAGAAGGGAGGGACCUGUGUGGACAGGAUUGGCACCUAUGACUGCAAGUGCCCCUCGGCGUGGACCGGUCCGCACUGCACGGAGGACGUGGACGAGUGCCAGCUGUGGCCCAACCUGUGCCAGAACGGGGGAACCUGCUCCAACCAGGACGGAGGCUUCAACUGCAUCUGUGUCAACGGCUGGUCGGGCAUCGACUGCAGCGAGAACGACAACGACUGCACCGAGACAUCCUGCUCCCAGGGCGCCACCUGCCACGACAAGGUGGCCAACUUCGUGUGUGAGUGCCCCCCGGGAAAGAAAGGACUGAUGUGUCACCUGGAUGACCCCUGUGUCAAUGACCCUUGUCACGAGAGCGCUGUGUGUGAGAUGAACCCCCUGACGGGUCAGGCCAUGUGUCAGUGUCCUGUGGGCUUCGCGGGACCCUCGUGCAAGCAGGACAUCGACGAGUGCUCCAUGGGGCCCAACCCGUGCGAGCUGAACGGCCGCUGUGAGAACAACGUGGGCUCCUUCGAGUGCCGCUGCCUGGCGGGAUACACCGGCGCCCGCUGUGAGCAGGAUGUCAACGAAUGCCUGUCCAACCCCUGCCGAAACGAGGCCACCUGCCUGGACCAGAUCGGCGAGUUCAAGUGCAUCUGCAUGCCAGGCUACGAGGGCCUCUACUGUGAGAUCAACCGUGACGAGUGCCUGAACAGCCCCUGCCUGAACGGCGCGGAGUGCGAGGACCAGGUGAACGAGGUGCUCUGCCGGUGUCCCCCGGGGUUUGCAGGACAGUGGUGUGAGGUGAACGUCGACGAGUGUUCCAGCGCUCCGUGCCUCAACGGAGGGAGGUGCGUUGAUGGUCCCGACGGCUUUGACUGCGACUGUCCAGAAGGGUUUGAGGGGCCUCUCUGCCAGACGGACACCAAUGAGUGUGCGAGCAGCCCGUGCCACUACGGGACCUGCCAGGACGGGGUGGCUGGAUACUCGUGCGUCUGUGCCCCCGGAUACACCGGGCGUGUCUGCAGCGUCGAGGUGGACGAGUGUCGGAGCGCUCCCUGCCAGAACGGGGGCCAGUGCACCGAGCAGGUCAACGGCUAUGUCUGCGUCUGCCCGGCCGGGACCACAGGGCCACACUGUGAGAUCAACAUCGACGAGUGUGUGGGCAACCUGUGUCACGCUGGCCAAUGCAAGGACCACAUCAACCAGUACAGCUGCGUGUGUGACCCCGGCUUCACAGGCUCCCUGUGUGACGUGGACGUGGACGAGUGUGCCUCGGGGCCCUGCCACAAUGGCGCCAGCUGCCGGGACGGCCCGAACCGCUUCGACUGUGUCUGUGCCCCUGGGUACCUGGGGCCGCGGUGCUUGUCGAGGGUGGACGGGUGCGAGAGCGGCCCCUGCGCACACGGCACCUGCAUCAGCCAUGGCAGCAGCUUCACCUGCGUGUGCCAGCCUGGGUGGACGGGCCUCAGCUGCCAGGAGGACGUGGAGGACUGCGCGUCUCUGCCCUGUCUGCACGGGGGCACCUGCAGCGACCAGGGUAACGGCUACAACUGCACCUGCCCCACCGGGUUCACAGGAGAGAACUGCCAAAUUAUCCAGGACCACUGCCUGUCCGACCCCUGCCUGAACGACGGAGAGUGCACCGACGACCAAGAUGGCUUCCUCUGCCUGUGCCAGCUUCCCUACACGGGUUCCCAGUGCGAGACGUUCCUCGCCCCUUGUGCUCAGGACCCUUGUGAAAACGGCGGGACAUGCAGAGAGUCAGAGGACUACCUGACCUUCUCCUGCAAAUGCCCCAGCGGGUGGGAAGGACGGCUGUGUGAGAAGGACGUGGACGAGUGCGUGUCCGACCCCUGCCUUCACCAGGGCACCUGCCACAACCUGCCGGGGGGGCACACCUGCUGCUGCCAACCGGGGUACACCGGGCCCAGUUGUGAGGUGGACAUCGACGACUGCUCCCCCGACCCCUGCCACAAUGGCGGCUCCUGCACAGACGGCGCCAACUCCUUCUCCUGCUCUUGUGUGGCCGGGUUUGCCGGCGAGCGUUGCCAGGACGACGUGGACGAAUGCGCCAGCGGCCCAUGCUGGAACGGGGCGCAGUGCCGCGACCUCAUCGACGGCUUCACCUGCGUCUGCCCGCCGGGGUACGAAGGAGUGCGGUGCCAGGUCGACAUUCCAGACUGCACUCCCAGCUCCUGCCUGAACGGAGGGACCUGCAUCGACGGCCCGGCCAACUUCUCCUGCCUCUGCCCCGCCGGGUUCACUGGCCGGCACUGCCAGGAGGAGGUGGAUGAGUGCGACUCCGGGCCCUGCCUGAACGGAGGCACCUGCCAGGAUGGCUACGGGGCCUUCAGGUGCUCCUGCGCGCAGGGCUACACCGGGAGCAGUUGUCAGACGCCGAUCGAUGGGUGCGCGCAGCCCAUGUGCAGGAACGGGGGCCGGUGUGAGCGGACGGACUCCGGCCCCCGCUGCCGGUGCCCGGCGGGCUGGGACGGACCCUACUGCGACGUGCCCAAGGUCUCGUGUGAGGUGGAGGCUGGCCGGCAGGGGGUGGGUGUCAGGGAGCUGUGCCAGAACGGAGGGCUAUGCAUCGACGCUGGGAACAUCCACUACUGCCAGUGCCCAGCGGGAUUCGAGGGCAACUACUGCCAGGUGGAGGUGGACGAGUGCCUGGACAACCCCUGCCAGAACGGAGCCACCUGCCUCGACUUGGUCGCAAAGUAUUCUUGCCAGUGUCUCCCUGGCUACCACGGCACGAACUGUUCGGACGAGGUUGAUGAGUGUCGUUCCCAACCCUGUCAGAACGGAGGCUCCUGUGUUGACCUGUUGGACGGAUACCGGUGUUCCUGUCUGCACGGCACUGAGGGGCCGCAGUCCCUGAGCCCCGGUGCUACCACGGGGGCCGGUAUGCGUGGACGGGCUGGGGGGGUACACCUGCGAGUUGCCCGGGCGGGCUUCGUGGGCGAGCGGUGCGAGCGGCGACGUCAACGAGUGCUUGUCGGACCCCUGCGAUGGCAGAGGGAGCAUCAGCUGCACGCAGCUGGUCAACGCCUACCCACUGCCACUGCCGUCCUGGCUACAACCGAAGGAUCAGUGUUGGCCGACCGUGGGCGCGGGACGGAGAGGUGGGCGGGGAGGUUGUGGGCGCGGGACGGAGAGGUGGGCGUGGAGGUUGUGGGCCGGGACGGAGAGGUGGGCGGGAGGUUGUGGGCGCGGACGGAGAGGUGGGCGGGGAGGUUGUGGGCGCGGGACGGAGAGGUGGGCGGGGAGGUUGUGGGCGCGGGACGGAGAGGUGGGCGGGGAGGUUGUGGGCGCGGGACGGAGAGGUGGGCGUGGAGGUUGUGGGCGCGGGACGGAGAGGUGGGCGUGGAGGUUGUGGGCGCGGGACGGAGAGGUGGGCGUGGAGGUUGUGGGCGCGGGACGGAGAGGUGGGCGUGGAGGUUGUGGGCGCGGGACGGAGAGGUGGGCGUGGAGGUUGUGGGCGCGGGACGGAGAGGCCAGCACUGUGACGCGCUGAUCGACCACUGCAGCUCCUCCCCCUGCCGCAACAGUGGCACCUGUGUCCUCGCCAUCAACACCCCCUUCGGCUUCGGCUACAGCGGCGGACGGUGUGAGGACGACUCCUGCAGGAGCCGCCCCUGCCUGAACGGCGGGACGUGUGUGUUGGGACGCUGCGCCUGCCCUCCCGCCUUCGCCGGCCCCGACUGCUCGAGGCUCGAGGUCGGCCGCAACCGGUCGGCAGAUCCCUGGCGGAGGUGCCCACUGCCCGACGUCUGCCGCACCAGCUUCAGGGACGGGACGUGCGACCGGCUCUGCGACUCCCUCGAGUGCCAGUUCGACGGCUUCGACUGCCAGGAGCAGAGGGCCGCAUGCAACCCGCGCCACGACACCUACUGCAAGCACCACUACAACGACGGGCACUGCGACAAGGGCUGCAGCGCUGCCAGCUGCGGCUGGGACGGCGUGGACUGCUUCCCGCCAGACCAGGGUGACUUUGCCGACGACACCUUGGUCCUGCUGGCUCUCCUGAGCCCCCCCAGGCUGAAGGCGCACCUCUCCAGCUUCCUGUGGACCCUGGGCCUGGCUCUCCGCACUCCGAUCCGGGUGAAGAAGGAGUUGGGCGGCGAGGACAUGAUCUACCCGUACCACAGCUGGCAGGACCUGGACAACCUGACCGCCCUGGUCUACAACAUCAGCGGCCCCGGCCGCAGGAGGCCGGCCAGGGAGCUGGGCGGGGCCCAGGAGCAGGCCCCAACCAGUAGGCCCAGGCCCCAGGACAGGGUCGUUGGCUCCAUCGUGUUCGUGGAGAUCAACCGUCGGCCAUGCCUGGAGACCUACGGCAGCUGCUUCUCCUCCGCCCUGCAGGCAGCCGAGUUUGUGGUGGUGCUGACCUCGUCCGAGAACAGCGAGCAGGAGUUCCCCUUCCCCCUGGGAGCUGUCGGGGUGGCGCCUGAGAUAGACGGCGAGCGCUCGUUCCCCUGGGAGCUGACCGUCGGCGCUCUGGCUGCCCUCUUUGCCGUGGGCACUGGGGUCCUGGUUGGGGUCCGCGCGAGCCGGCGGCCGAAACGCCAGCGCGGCGCGCUCUGGCUGCCCCCGGGCUUCGUCCCCAGCCAGGACCCCAAGUAUAGGAGGAGGGAGCCCGUGGGCGAGGACGCCAUCGGAAUGAAGAUCCUGAGCCAGGAGAUGGACUAUGAGGAGGAGGAGGACCAUCUGAACUCCAUAGUGGAGGGGCCACCCUGCAGCAAGAGAUCAAAGGCAGAGACAGGCCCAGUGCUGCCUGACCAGAGGAGAUGGACCCAGAAACACAUCCGAGCGGUGGGGUCAGUCCCACUGCCGGCCAGCAUGACCCCACCACAGGACAGCCCCGAGAGCGUGGACGUGGAUGUGAGAGGCCCAGAUGGAGUGACACCGCUGAUGCUGGCUGCCUGCGCAGUCGGCCCGGAUUCCGGCGAGGCGGAGGCCCAGGAGGGCUCGGCUGCGGCCAUCCUGGAGCUGAUGGGGCAGGGGGCCAGCCUGCAGCCCCGGACUGAGGUGACGGGCGAGAGCGCCCUGCACCUGGCUGCCCGCUUCUCCCCAGAUGCGGCCAAGUGUAUGCUGGACAUGGGCGCAGACACCAACGUGCAGGACCGGACGGGGCGCACCCCACUGCACACCGCUGUGGCGGCCGACGCUCAGGGGGUCUUCCAGAUCUUGGUGCGCAACAGGUCGACGGACGUGGACGCGCGGACACAGGAUGGGACCACGCCGCUGAUCCUGGCUGUGCGCCUGGCCAUCGACAACGUGGUGGAGGAGCUCAUCAACUGCGGGGCCGACAUCGGCGCCGUGGACAGCCAUGGUAAAUCCGCCCUGCACUGGGCGGCUGCAGUCAACAACGUCGAGGCACUGGAGGUGCUGCUGAGGAACGGUGCGAACAAGGACCUGCAGGACAAUAAGGAGGAGACGCCGCUGUUCAUCGCCGCCCGGGAGGGCAGCUACGAGUCGGCUCGGAUCCUGCUGGAACACCAGGCGCAGAGGGAGUGCUGUGACCACCUGGGCCGGAUGCCCCGUGACGUGGCAGCCGAGCGCGCGCACCACGACAUCAGCCGGCUGCUGGAGGAGGGGAGCCCGGCCCGGGGGGAGCCCCCACCCCCUGCCCUCUCCCCCCACCGCCCCGCCCUCAAGCCCCCCAAGAAGGGCAGGCGGCAGGGUCCCAGGGCAGGGGGCGAGGACCCGGUCCCCUGCCCGCCCGGGACUCCCUGCCUCCCCCCGCACAUUGACCUCAACCACGCCCCCUGCUCUACCUGCCCCGGGCUCGGCCCCCUCCAGGCUUCCUGCUGCCUCCCGGACCCCUGCCCCUUCCCCACCCGGGCUACCCCCCUAAGGUCUGUGGGCAGGGCCCCGGCUAUCCCUGGGUGGGUGGCCCCGGCAGGGUGCCGGCCGACCCCCACCCCUGGGUGCCGGCAGGGUUGGGGGCCAGCCGGGGGGAGUGGGUGCUGCCGCUGCGCCCCCGCGGCCCUCCGCCGGAGGGUGAGGAGCCACCGCCCGCCGGCGUCUACCCCACGCCCCCCUCCCAGCACGGUUACCCCUCGCCCGCCGGCACGGAGGCGCCACCCCGGCGGCAGGGACACCCCUUCCUCACCCCUUCGCCCGAGUCGCCUGACCAGUGGUCAAGCUCCUCACCGCAUUCCAACCGGUCCGACUGGUCGGAUGGGGUCAUCAGCCCCGCCUCCUAGGACAGGGGGGAGGGCUGAGGGGGAGCUGGACCACCUGCAGGGGGUGUCACCCAGCCCCACCCUCCGUCCGUCAGCAGAGUAUCCAGCCGAUUGGCACCCUCAGCAGGUCCUCCCAUGGGACCCUCCUCACCGGGCAGAUCUGGAGAAAAGAUUGAACCCUGCGAGGAGGGCCCCGUUCCCUCCGGAUCCGUGA